AUGAAAGCUCAACGUCCUUCUGCAGCACUUCGUGGAGUGUGGCGAACCAGGAGGAAUGUGCUCCUGCUUGACAAUCUUGUCGGCGAGUUGAGCCUCUCCACGUCUCCCCCGCCUUCACCGUUGGUCGCCGACGGGCGGAUGUCACCACUCGCCAAGUGCCACCAGUUACGGCCCGGUCUUUGCGAACAUUUUGAAGGCUUCAUGUGCCAAAUGGAGGUCCGUAAUGCGUGCGUGGAGUUGAAUGAUCUGUUUGAGCAACGGCUGCGGUUCGAGGAGCGACUGAGGUGGAAGGAGCAGGGUGACGACGAGAAGCGGGGCAGUCUGGCGACGUUCUUGGCUGACUCUGCCAGUAUACAUAAGGAGAUCCCUGUGAUAAAGCCGGUCGACACCGCGGCAGGCACUGCAGAUCAUGUCGACCCCCUGAGAAAGUCUGAACAGCCAGCGCGAAUGCUCGACAUCUCGGCGCAUAGCAGCGUCAAUGGACGAAAGCGUCGCAAUAGUGCGCACACGGAAGACGCCUCGUUUUUCUCACGCACAUCAGGUGGCCAAGAGGUGGCAGGGCACCGCUUCCCCACUCUGCCCAAGCUCCAGCGGCUGGGCGUGGUAAAUGACGAGGCCACGCUCGUCGCUCCGCGCGCUCUUGCAGGUCCUCGUGGGCCUGACGACGUUCCGGCGCGCGAACGGCUCGAGCUCGCCGGCUUCACUUGGAGCAAGCGUCAUACCGUGCGCCGGAGGCGGCAGGCGCGUCUGCGUUCCCUUGUGUCGCCACUCAUCCAAGCCCUCGAGCUCCGGGAGCGGCACAGCAGGGACGUCAAGAUGCUCUUGCUUAACGUUGCAUACAACGCGCUCGUGGAUUUCCUAGCAUACAGGAAUGGCAGAGAAGGCGAAGAAAGCAAAGAGCAACAAUACGGACAGCACAUCGGCCCGGAGGUGCCGUGGGCCAGACCGGGUCCAGACGACACAGAAGGCGC